AUGCCAGUCCCUAACGAUCCACCGUCCAUAUUCCCUUUCCAGCUCCUGGAGAUCAACAUCAUCUCUGCUCAGGACCUCGCCCCCGUCACUAGGGCCAUGCGCGCCUACGCCAUCGGAUGGGUCCAUCCCAAUCGCAAGCUCUCCGGUCGUGUGGACCCCGACGGCCUAACCAACCCCACCUGGAACGACAAGUUCGUCUUCCGCGUCGACGACUCCUUCCUCCGAUCCGACACGUCUGCCGUCACCAUCGAGAUCUACGCCGUCCGUUGCUUCCGUGACGUCCUCGUUGGCACUGUCCGCAUCCUAGUCAGCAACCUCUUCCCCUCCUCGCCGGUCCCUCCAACCCCCUUCCCAUCCGCCGCCCCAAUUUCUCCUCCGACCCGCCCCCUCUCUUUCCCAACCCGGUUCGUCGCGCUGCAGGUCCGUCGCCCAUCCGGUCGCCCGCAGGGCAUACUCAACAUCGGCGUCGCUCUCCUCGACGGUUCGAUGCGCAGCAUGCCUAUCUACAUGCGACUCACGACCUCCGCCCUCGACUAUCGUGAUCUGAUGGGUGAGCCUCACAACGACCCCCACCACAAUCACGUGCAAUCCCAGACUCAGCUGCGACGUACCAAGAGCGAGUACUUCUCUCAAACGGCCGAAGACCACCCCUCUAAACAAAAAUCCGCUCCCACGACUCUGAAAGGGUUGGAUCUCGUGGUGAAAACGCCCGAGUUGCUCUGGUCCCAGUCGGAGCUGGUCCCAAGGCCUUCAGACGCGGCACGAACGAACGACGACGAUGAUUUCUUGCCGACGGAGGUCGGGAGCUCUGUGCUGGAGGACUGGAGCGAGGAUAGCAGCAUCGAGGGCCUGAAGUCGAAGCUGGAGAGGUGGCGGGCGGAGCUGCCUCCGAUCUACGAUCAUGGGUAUGGGAGCUUCAAAUCGCUGACGACCACCGCGGUAACGGAUGCGGUAGGCCAUAAGCGGAGUAACACGGACGGUGGAGGGGGCUUGUUCUCUUGCUUUAGGGAUUCGUUCGGCCGCGAAAGCUCCAUUUUCUCCGGCAAGCCCAAGGCCGCGAGAGCAACGAAAAUGCAUGUCAGCCAGUCCGAUGGUAACUUGUGCCGGUCCUACGCGGUUGACUGAGAGCGAGGAGAUGGUAUUGUGAUGACGGGACGGUACCAACUGACUCACCUUUGCUAAAGUGCGCUUAUGGUGUUUUGCCCUCUAAUCCUGCGCCCAGGAUCCAUACGCAAAAAUUUCUCAUUUUCUUUUUCCCUUUUCUUUUGUUACCCAAAAAUUUUAUCCCACGUUUUUAACGUGGUUCUCCGUCCGCUGUUUCGAAUUCCCAAAUGCUCCACAGGCCACUGGUUGGCUGGCGCAGGAUAAGAGUGGGGACGGACGGUGGAUCUAAAAUACGCAGCAGCCGCGAGUGGAUGGGGUUUUGAUAGGGUACGGUGCCACUGUAUCAUUGUUCGUUGAUAGAUUUUCUACCCUGGAUUGCAUUCAUAGAAUGAUCUGAACCGUUCAUGUUCUCUCUUACUACCAUAAAUCUUUUAUAUGUUUAUAACUUAUGCUGCAUUAUCCAUCUUGACCUUUGAAUACUAGUUUUGAAUAUGAGCCAUUAACUAUUCAUCUACAUAUAAAAUCAUCUAUUCAACAAAGGCUUCUUGAGACAGCCGGUAUAGCAUACAGUUCAGAAAAUGAACGGUUCAAAUCAUUAUUUAGAUGCAAGUCGGUGUGAAAACCUUCCACCGUACUAUAUACUGUGGUAGGGUGGCAACGUACCCUAUCAAAACCGGCGGGGUAACGUACCCUGGUAGUUGAAAACCGUUGGAACCGGUU